GUGUGUGAGCGCCCCCUGCGGCUCCUUCGCGCCAGCACUGACCAACUUGUCCCCUCCAACUCCGUGUUCCCCACCUGGGUGCGGUGACCCCGGGGCGGCGAAGUACCCAGUCCCGGGGCGUUCCGAAGACAGCACCGGGCCCCGUGCACCGUGCAGUCGGAGGCGCGCGUGCGCGCGCGCGCGCAGCAAAGUUUGUCCUGAGCCCCGCGGGGACACGGCCUGGGGGACCCGCGCUCGCACCGCGAGGCGCCCCGGGGUGCGCGGAGCCCGACCCGGCUUCCCUGACGUGGGUGCCGGCACAGCCCCACCUCCCAGCUCCCCGGCGAUUUGUUUGGGGAAAGUGAUGACAGGAACUAGUGGCAGGGAGUCGGUGCCCGGUGUCCGCCCCGGCAGGGAGGGGAGUUCACGGGGCUGUUGGUGAGCGCGGCACAUACUCGAGCCCCGAAGCCGGGAACUGGGGCGCCAGGCGCCGGGCGGGGCGCGGGGCGCAGGAGCUGCUGUGACCGCCGCAAUGAGGGAGCAGCCCUUAUUUGCCUGGCUGUGAUCCUCGAGGCUUGGCGGUUGUGGAAUGCAAAAGCCAGGACGUAAUGGAAGCAGGACCUGAAGACCCUUCCAGGAUGCCCGAGGAAGGUUCCCCAAAGCGGAAUCCACAGAACAAUCCGGACCCAGACUUCCCUCACCUGGUCAACAUGGAUGGGCAGUGCCUCUACUGCCGGUACUGGAAGCCCAGCGGGACUCCCAAGGCUCUGGUCUUCGUGUCACAUGGCGCUGGGGAGCACUGUGGCCGCUAUGAUGACCUGGCUCAGAUGCUGGUGGGGCUGGACCUGCUGGCAUUUGCCCACGACCAUGUUGGCCAUGGUCGGAGCGAUGGAGAGCGGUUGGUGGUGUACGACUUCCAGGUCUAUGUCAGGGACGUGCUGCACCAUGUGGACACCAUGCAGAAGGACUACCCCGGACUACCUGUCUUCCUGCUGGGCCACUCCAUGGGCGGAGCCAUCAGCAUUCUUGCGGCUGCAGAGAGGCCCAGUCACUUCGCCGGCAUGGCCCUCAUUUCACCUCUGGUUCUCCCCAGUCCGGAAUCUGCAACCACUUUCAAGAUCUUUGCCGCAAAAGUGCUCAACCUGAUCAUGCCCAACCUGUCCCUGGGAGCAAUUGACUCCAGCUUACUCUCUCGGAACAAGGAGGAGGUCGAGAUUUACAACACAGACCCACUUGUUUACCAUGGAGGGCUAAAAGUGUCCUUCGGCAUCCAGCUGCUGAACGCUGUGGCUCGGAUAGAGCGGGGGAUGCACAAGCUGAUGCUGCCAUUCCUGCUGCUUCAGGGCUCGGAAGACUACCUGUGUGACAGCAAAGGGGCCUAUCUGCUCAUGGAUGGGGCCAAGAGCCAGGACAAGACUCUCAAGAUUUACGAAGGCGCUUACCAUGUGCUUCACAAGGAGCUGCCCGAAGUGACCAACUCUGUCUUCCAUGAGAUAAACAUGUGGUUCUCUCAAAGGACACCCGAGGUGGGAGGCAGAUGUCCACCCUGAGCCAGGGGCUAGGUGCCCCUCACUCCUGGGGCCCUGGGAGGUGGGCAGAGGAGGGCAGAGCCAAACAGGAAAUCAGGAACCAGAGGAAUCCCCAACACAAUGUACUUUAAACAAAAAAGAGACAUAUUUGUCAUAUAUAUUGCUAACAGCCACUGGAUCUGCUCUUAGGGGUGGACACUUUGACACUUUAUGCAGGAGAAAGAGGAGAAGGAGAGAGAGAAGAGAGGGAAAAGGAGAGAGAGGGUGACAGACGAGCAUUUCUCCACAGAGGGACCAUGGUGCAAUGUCCCUUAAAAUGCACACAGCCUCAGCCCACCUCUGCCAGCCACACAGGUGUCCCAGGCUCUAUACCUGGGAUGCCAGCCUGCAAUAACUAGAGGAGCCCCUGCCUGCCCCCACCAAACUCUGCCCUAGUUCCCCCUCUGACCAGCUGUAGCCCUGUGGCCUUGCUCUGGCAGGUAACAAGGUGGCCUGUGUUCCCACUGAGGUUGCCCAUGACCCCAUCAGCCACAGUGUGGCCACAGCCAAGGCUGCAGGGAUCACUUGCCAAUAGGCAAGCACUGGACAGGGCCCUUCCUUUCACCCCAGGGCUAGGCCUGUCUUAAGGCAGCCUUGGCAAGGCCGCUGCUUUCUGGUGCUGCGAGAUGAGAGGGGAUCAGGAGAGACUGACACCUGUGAGCAUCCCCACCCGGUCCCAGGUGCUUGGCACAUGGGACUCAGGGCUGCUGGAAGGGCCCUGGAGCUGAGCUGCACCCCAGAGAGGGUGGAGGAACCCUGGUCCACCCAGCCUUCCCUUCCCCUAGGCAACCAGCGCCUCCUGGAGUCACAGUACUGGACCCACAGCUACCUCUGGUGGCAGCAGGAGGGAACCAGCUACCCAGUCAGGGCAGAGACCAGCGAGCCACCCUUCCAGGAUAAGGCCCAAGCCCGGCCACCCUCUCAGGUGCCAACCCCAGUCUGGCCCUGCCCUGGCCUCACUUAGUGCCAGCAAUAAGGGGACCUGGCCCACCUGCCCUGGGCGCCUUCACCUCGUGAGUCCCCUGUGAGGCUGCUGGGACUCACAGGGUUCAUCCCUGUCCCUGGGGCCCCGAUCAGGUCUCCCUGCUGCAGGCAGUGAUGGCGGUCAGCCGCCGAGGCUUUGGGUGUGCCCUGUCCUGGGAGGGUCAGUCUGUUCAUGAACCCCAGCUGCCAGCAGCCUACUGACAGUUUCUGCUGUCUGUAACCUAGCAGGCGCCCUGGGCUCUGGUCUGUGACUCACCCAGAACUCACUGUCCCCAGUACUGGGCACUGUGGCCUCUCCCAGAGGCUUAUGAUGACAGUGUCCUUUCCAAAGGAACAUGGCUGCGUGACUCGACCACGGUCCCCUAAGAUGCAUGGAUUUGCUCAUGUGGGCCUUGGUCCAGACACACGGUCAGCUCUUACAUGACUGAAUACAGAACCAUUUGGGAGACAGGUGUGUAAGUGGGACUGUCUUGCAAAAUCUGGAGGAGAGGGCAGGGAACGUGGAUGUCCACCUCCAUGGCUGACUCAGGCACCACCUGAUGUCCCCCACCAAGCCCCCCAGAGCACAGCAUCUCAUCUUUGUCUUCAGGAGACUGGGUGGCCCUGAUCAUCUUGGGGAGCAAGGAAGGUCAGGUGACCAGGCAGAGGAGGACAGAGUGAGGAGAGGCAGUAGGGCCCUGGCGGGAUUCUGGGCCCUGGCGCCAGUGUAGACGCCGCUCUUUUUGUACAGCGCAGAGGCCAUGUGUGUCCUCUUUGAAAACGGGUUCCAGCUCUGACAAUCUUUUUAGGAAAAGAGGCCUCCUGCAGGGAGUGGGAGGUCCCAGCACCCACAUCGCAGGGCCUCGGCACCACAGGCCCCAGGGUAUGCCACAUCUGUCCAGCUCACAUGUCCUUUCUUUCUCUCGCCCAUUGUUAACAAGAACCUACUAAGAUCACAAAGAUUUUCCGAGCAAGUCACCAGUCUUGUAUCACCACAGCUUGGCAUGUAUACUGCGUGGGAAAUGCGUGUAUCAGCUUAGAACUAUUAAAGGAGUUCAUGUAUGCCACAGCUAAUCCUAAUAAACCACAUGUUUUCAGUGUGCUGGC